AUGGAGACGCAGAUAUGGAAGAAGGACGGAUGCCUACAGAUUUCCCGGGAUCCUGUGCCACCAGGUGAGUGGGAAAUCCGACAAGCAUUUAUCCAGGCACCAUGGUGUUCAUUGAAGACCGUCAAACGCCGAGGAGAACGCACGACAAGCCGUGACAGACACAUUGAGUGUGGAAAGGAGUGCCAGAUGGGCGACGACGACAUGUCCACCGUGUACGUAACCGAACUCAGGGGUAUCGAAAUGGCCCUGGAGAUGAUCUAG